CCCGAGGAGGAGAACGGGAGUGGGUCGCAGCCCACAGAGCGCUGUGGAUCUGAGGGACUGGAGCUGGAGCUGUGUGUGUGUGUCCUGUCCUGCUUUAGAAAGAGGAGGACACUGGAUUCCCAGCAGCACGUUUAGGGAACUUUUCCACGUCCAUGCUGAAGCAGAAGCUGUCUCCUGGUGUUGGAGAAAGUUUUGGUUGUGACCCUGGGAGAUGUCAUCAGUGAUUUGGACUUGAGAGAAAAGGCGAUGAAAUUGGUCAUGAGACGGAGCGCAGUGCGCAGAGAACCAUGGUGAAAAACUCGUGGGGAUAGAGACAGAACAAGAGCAAGAAGGAUACAAGUUCUCUCGUGCAGAACAAACCUUUGGGAAUUUGUCUCUAUAGAAGAAACCGAAGCAUGGCCUCCAGUUUGACGUGUGCGGGUGUGGUGUGGUCGCUCGUGUCUCUGCUGAGCGCCGUGGCGUGCUGCGUGGGCUUCUUCAUGCCCUACUGGCUGUUGGGAUCUCAGAUGGACAAGCCGGUGUCUUUCGGCACGUUCCGCCGCUGCUCGUACCCGGUGCGCGAUGAGGCCAGGCAGGCCACGGUGAUGCUGGAGCAGUGCGGCCGCUACGCGUCGUUCCAGGGCAUCCCGAGCGUGGAGUGGCGCAUCUGUACGGUGAUCACCGGCACCGGCUGCGGGCUGCUGCUGCUCGUGGCGCUCACGGCGCUGAUGGGCUGCUGCGUGUCCGAGCUCAUCUCCCGCACCGUGGGCCGCGUGGCGGGGGGCGUGCAGUUCGUCGGCGGUCUUCUGAUUGGCUCGGGAUGUGCCCUGUAUCCUCUCGGCUGGGACAGUGAGGAGGUCAGACAGACAUGUGACAACCGUUCAGAUCAGUUUGAACUGGGCUCGUGUGAGAUCGGCUGGGCGUAUUACUGCACCGGAGCGGGCGCAGCUACAGCUAUGCUGAUCUGCACUUGGUUGGCUUGCUUCGCUGGCAAGAAACAGAAGCAGUACCCAUAUUAGGAGAGAUUCAGACAGCUUCAGCUUCAGCUUUAAGCACAGAGCAGCCAAGGACGAAUGCCUCAGCGUGGACUGUAAAGAGCAGAAACACUCUUUCACCUCAGGCAUGAACACUUUCUCCAUUUCUCCUUUUCCAGCUGCCAGAUCCUGUCAUAGGCUGAAUGCUCACAUGGAAGUAUCUCGUGAUAUAAAAUAGACUGAUCACACACAGCGACCGGUGUUCUCUCAUAUCAAACACGUCUAGAGGAUGAUUGUCAGGAAAUCCAAAGGACAAAUUAUCCUUAAUGUCUUCUCUUAAUCCUGAGAGUGCGCUUCUUCUUCUCUUCUUCUUCUUCUUCGUUUUAGUGUACCAGUGCUUGUAGAGUCUAUUAAGAUCAACACACAUUACUAUGAAUUGUUUAUAUUUACUUAUCCAUUUUCACAUUACGCUACAAAAUGCAAUAAUUGUCUUAUUCACCAUGCAGUGUUAAAUAAGCAUUAUCGAAAGAUUAAUGUCUAUAAUUUUAUGAUAAUGUAUACUAAGGAAACAGUAUACACUAUAUACGUGGAUUGUGAUAUACAGUAUAUGCUUCAUAUCAACACAUUUUGUGAUAAUGUACAAAACAUGUAUUGUAUUACCCAUUAUAUGUUGUAAAUUAAACCUUUUCAUCAACAGAAUAUUGGGUGACUUGAGUUUUACAUGUACAGGUACGUAUUUUAAGUGUAGAAAAAAAUUUAUUUCAGACCACUUAGAGUGUAUAUAAGAGUCGAUUUAAUACAGUACUACAGUACAUUUGUGUCGGAAAUGUAUUCUCUACAAACGAUGGCAUUGACAUUUGGGGUAUUCUUUAUCUGCUAGGAUGCAUUGCUUUGGCACGUACCUUUUGCAUUUUAAUAUCAUAUUUCAUAAAUAAACUACAUAUUCUCCAUGA